AUGGGUCGUAUGCACACUCCUGGUAAGGGUAUCUCUGGCAGUGCCCUCCCCUAUCGCCGCACUCCUCCUUCUUGGGUCAAGACCACUGCCGAAGAGGUUGUUGACAUGAUCUGCAAGAAUGCCAAGAAGGGUCUUACUCCUUCUCAAAUUGGUGUCAUCCUCCGUGACUCUCACGGUAUUCCUCAAGUUAGAUCCAUCACUGGUAACAAGGUCCUCCGUAUCUUGAAGUCCAACGGUCUUGCUCCCGAAGUCCCUGAAGAUUUGUACCAUCUUAUCAAGAAGGCUGUUUCCAUUCGUAAGCACUUGGAACGUAACAGAAAGGACAAGGACUCCAAGUACCGUUUGAUUCUUAUCGAAUCUCGUAUCCACCGUCUUGCUCGUUACUACAAGACUUCUGGUCAACUUCCUCCCACCUGGAAAUAUGAGUCUGCCACUGCUUCUGCUAUGGUUGCUUAA